AAGAAGGAGGAAGCUUGGUUGUCGGUAAAGGGCUGCCGUAUUUAGGGCAUCAUAAUAAGGAAAUAUUAGAAUAUACAGCGCUACAUCUAACACAACAGUUAGAGGGGAAACAUGCCUCCAAAAUUCGGUGGCGGGGAGAAGUGUGGUAUUUGCGGUAAAUCUGUAUAUGCAGCCGAGAGGAUAGAGGCGGGGGACACGCCUUAUCAUAAACUCUGCUUCAAGUGUUCCGAAUGUAAAAUGUCACUCAAACUGAACACGUAUGCACAGGCUGACGGAAUUCUGUACUGUAAAAAGCAUUAUCAAGAGAAGGUGGUAGCUAAGAAUACACAGACUCCGGUGUGAUGCCCUCUACUCGUAAUAGGACGCGUGUCAGUGAUCUUUGUAGCAAUAAUACCUAGAUGGUUGUAAUUUGUUGCACAUGCCAAUAUAUGUAAUGCAUUUGUUUUUUAGUAUUUUUAUGUGUAAUUUUAAAUAUAUUUUAUUCAACAAACUA